UUGACACGACAUGAGAUGCGCUCGUGCAGCCUCCAGCCGCUCAGAGAGCGCCACCUCUCGUUUAUUCCCAUAUUUCUCACAUCACCGGGUCCCCUUGAACUGUCUCCUUCAUCACAGUUGGUUCGCAGGCAGACACAGCGGAUUUCCAACCAAGCUGGCCGGUGCUCUAACCCCACAGGAGACAACAGGGACCUUGCAAUGAUCUCGCUGGACUUCAAUUUCAACAUUUUGACAAGAGACCUGUCUCAUUAUUUGGAAAACCAAGUGAAAGUUGGACUAUUUGGUUCGGGAGUGGGUCUGUCUCUGGUGCUGGGCUUUAGCGCAGCUUACACCUGCUACUAUUUGAUUUCUGUAGCCAAGAAACCUCAGCUUAUAUCAGGAGGUAAAAAGUUCUGUCAGUUCCUUAAGGAGCAAUGUCCAGUAGUGUCAGAGACCUACUACCCUACGUUUUGGUGCUGGGAGAGUCGCAUCCAGACUCUGCUGAGGCCCUUUGUCACUGCCAAACCUGGAGUUGUCUAUAGAAAUGAGCUUCUUAAGGCAGCAGAUGGAGGACAGAUAUCUGUGGACUGGUUUGACAACGAUGACAGCCACUCUUACCCCGACCCCACCACCAGACCCACGGUCCUCCUCCUCCCUGGUCUGACCGGCACCAGCCGAGAGUCCUACAUCCUGCACAUGGUCCAGCAGAGCCGAGAUCUGGGCUAUAGGUGUGUGGUUUUCAACAACAGAGGGGUUUCUGGGGAAACGUUACUGACUCCGAGGACCUACUGUGCAGCCAACACAGAGGAUCUUGAGACUGUUAUUGAGCACAUCCUGAAAACCCAUAAAUCUUCUCCAAUCAUGGCUGCCGGUGUGUCCAUGGGAGGGAUGAUGUUAGCCAACUACUUGGGGCGUAAGGGCCAGGAAACCUGUCUGAAAGGGGUCAUAGUCUUCUCAGCAGGCUGGGAUGUAUUCGAGUGCUCUGCUUCACUAGAAAAACCCCUGGACCGUUUCCUCUUCAACUCCUACCUCACCAGCUGCCUCCAAGCCUCCGUGCACAGACACAGGCCGGUGCUCGAAAAGUGUUACGACAUUGACCAUGUCAUGAAGGCGAAGACCAUCAGAGAGUUUGAUGAGAGAUUCACCUCCAUAAUGUUUGGUUAUCCCACUAAUGACGACUACUACCGAGAUGCCAGUCCUGUCCACAAGCUGAAAUCUGUACAGGUGCCAAUGCUGUGUCUGAACGCUGCUGAUGACGUAUUCUCUCCGUCUCAUGCUAUUCCAGUGGAAGCAGUGAAGCAGAAUCCACACCUGGCCUUGCUUAUUACCUGUCACGGUGGCCAUAUUGGUUUCCUGGAGGGCCUGUGGCCACGACAGAGCACUUACAUGGACCGAGUCUUCAAGCAGUACGCAAAAGCAGUCAUUGAACAAGGCGGUGGACUCAAAGACCUCUCUUGAUGAGAGAAAAUCACAAAGUGUUCCUCUGAUUUCACAUCCUCUUUCUGUGUCUUGCCCUUUAUUCUACCAUUCUUGUAUUCCAUCUUUCUGGGCCACAUUCCGUCCACUAUUUGUGUUUCCGUUCCAGUUUUUCAUUCCUUCCUACUAUUGUCUCAUUCACUUUUCUUUGCUCAGUGCAGGUACUUUCUUUUUUUAUUGCCUCUCUCACUAACAUGGCUGCUCAUGCCAUUGCUAAAUAGUUGAAUGUGCACCAUGUGGUUUUGUUAGCAGAAGAAUUCAGCAAUCUGUGCAAUCAUAUUUUUAUUCAAAAGAAGUACUGUAAAUGAAGACCCAACCACUCUUUCUCCAAGUACCCUGUAGUUUUAGCACGUAACAAGUAGGAUUUUAGCCCUCAGGGAGUCACUGAUUAUUGUUCUCUGUCCUUCCUGUUUUAUCCUGAUAGUUGCUCUCCUUGAGUUAGACUUUUCUGCAGUCAUUUACCUGCUUAUGUGUGUUUUUAUUUUUGUUUUUUGUUUAUAAUUUAGCAUGUGAAUUGCACUUGUGUGCUUUCUUUCAGAGAGUUAACAGAAGUCUGUUCCUAUGCACUGAGUAUAAAACUUCUGGAAACAGAAGGAAGCAGGUUGUCUACCUGUGAAACUCUAAAUUCAAACAUGUUUUUUAAACAUAAGGACUCCUCAUCAGACUUACCAUGGUCAGAUUAGUAGCAUACUUUCAGGACGCAUGCAGAUGACCCUGGACAUUUUUCCGGUAUUCAUCUUUUUCAUUUUCUUUUUUCUUGACUCUUUGACAUCCCCUUGAAUGGAGAUAGUUCCCUGAAUACUUUAACUGUCACUCUAGAGCAGUGGUUCCCAACAUGGGGUCUGUGAUCCAGUAAGGGGGGGCCCACAAGUUAGCAGGGGGUUUCCACUGUUUUAUCUGUGCUGAGAUUGUGAGGUUAGGUUGUAUUUGUAAAAAGUACAGUUAUAAAAUCCUAACACACCCAAUAAUAAUGAAAACUCUGUGAGUUAUAACUCUGUAUGACUGUAAAAAGUUUGUAAUUAAUCACUUAUAAUUGUGUGCAUGCAGUUAAGAGUUGGCGUUGGGGGGCCCUGGCUUGUCUUAGACAGGAAAGGGGGUGCUUGUGAAAAAAGGUUGGGAACCACUGCUCUAGAGAGAGCACUAAAAUAAUAUUGCAUAAAAAGCUUAACCUUUAGAUUCUCAAUGGUUUUGAUAGAUGAACCCAUGAACAUUAUUUAUUAAGGUCCCAAAAUAAUCUUGUUUAUUUAAAUGGUGUAAGUAAUAAAUAUUAUUACAUUUAAAAUGAUCCCUGGGUUUUUGGCUGAGGAUGCAUGCCUAAAAAUGCAGGACAAUUGGCUGUAGCUUCAUAUUUAAAGGUGUGGUUCACAGAAAAUCUGUUGUUUAACGAUUUUUCUGAUUAUAAUCAGUAACUCUGAAAUUUUAAUGCAGGCUGAACAUGAAAGUAGCUUUCUACACCUAUCUCCUGCAUUAAGUUGUGAAAGAAAAUAGACGGUGAAACUCUAGGCGUAAAAAAUCCUGACAGAUCUACGUCAUACUGUCACUUAAUAUUCAUGGACUCAACCAUCUUAACGCACAAUGGGGGAAGCUGUUGUUGUUUUAACGUCCAGGAAACAGCAGAGAAUUUCCAGACUAGUAAAAGCUUACCGUUAGCAUUAGCAACUUCACCCCACGGCAGAAGCUCCUCCAGGCUUGUGUUUUUUAUGGAGAUAAAACAUCCACGUUGCGAGUCAGUAGUAGGUAUCCCCCCCCCCCCCCCCCCCCCCAACACACACACACACACACACACACACACACACACGUGACCACUCUACUAGAGACACUAUUGAUUAUACGGGUGAACCACACCUUUAAAAAGGAAGCAGAGUGAUGACAAUCUGAACCAACUCCCUGGAAGAAAGCAAAUAUGAGUUUGUUUGUUUGUUUGUUUGUUUGCUAUCAGCAUUCUGCAUACACUUUUAUUUUCACGUGUUUUACCUUCCUAGACACCAAUAGUUUUACAAAAGGAUAAUGUGGAUAGUUUUUUUGUCAUUGACAAGGAAUGUAAAAUAAAGCACUUUUUGAGUUGAUACUAUCAAGCCUCUAAUCCCUUAAGCAAGGCACUAACUUGAUUAGAGCUAUGAAAGAAUGAUCUAAACGCUGCUUUAUUGAACAGUUUGUACAUUUCUUUAUGAAAACAAAGGACGUGCUGUACAUCUGGAAGUGCACACUGGCCGUCUGAAGGUGCGUGUGCACUUAAAAAGAUGCUCCUAUUGUUACUGAAAGCUGAUUUCCAGUCAUUUCUGCCAACAAUGAUACAGGGGCUGGCUACCGUAAUUGAGUUGGCAUGAUAAAAUCAAAUCGAUUUGACUGGCAUCAAGAGUUUCAGUUAAAAAAAAUAAACUGCAUGAGAAUUAUUUGACUUCCUGUUUCUGUGAAGAUCUUUGUGUCCUUUUGUUCUGCAAAGUUUACAUGAUUUAACGCAUUUCUCAUUGUCAUCGUGUACUGAACCUUAACAUGACUUUGUAAUCUGUAGCACAAAGGGCAUGUUUGUUAUUUUAUCUCAUGUUAUGCUGCAUUUUCAUUUUUCUUACACCUCAUAAGAACAUUCAGUUUCACUUGUGCAGCAAUAAGACAUUAAAAUAUAAGAAGCAUCCACAGUACUAGUAUGUUGACAUCAUCAUCAUGAGUGUAAUACACUGUAUUAAAUUAUUAAAUAAAGUUUAAGGCAAUUUGUGGUUUGUUUUGGGUGUUUUAUCUCCUAUGCAGCAUUUUUAAAUUUUCUCAUGUAUAUAUGAUAUUAAAUGAGGGUUUAAGCUGCCUUUCGCUUGUUUUCGAGGUAAAUUGUCUUGAAUUUCCACAAAAGAACAGCAUUAAAACUAUCAGUGAUAUUUUUAGAUCUACUAAAAAUAUUUAUACAUAAUUUUCUGCAAAAAUAAACUCUCCACAUUUUUCUUGGUAUUCCCCCCAAAAUGGUGGAAAAUCUCAUAUUGAAACUUACACCUAAGGGGAAUUAAUUAUUCCUGGCUUUAAUCUCAGAAAUUAGGUCGGAAUAAUGAAUUUAAUCUCAAGUUCUGAGGAAAAGGAAGCCCCUGUCCUCUUGUGUGCAUAUUCGUCAAAAGAUCCUGUAAAAUAGCAAUUCUAAAAAUGUUGUAUUUAAAUGGACUGAAUGGACAAAAUGAUUUUGGACUGUGAAGGCUGCAGAGCUUGCUCUAGACCAUCUUUAAACAGUUUGGAUUUGGUUUCUUCUUCCUCUCUUGCAUCAACCUCACAGCUAAACACAGAUGACUUAGUAAAAAAGCUGACAAACUACAUGUCAUAAUUUGAGGUGAAGGUCCAAAUGCAGUGAGAACUAAAGAUAUUGGAGGCAACCAAGGAAGGUAAAGGUGUGUUUAUGUUUUAUAUUUAUAUUUUUAAAAAAGGCCUAUUUACAAGUGAGGAACCAACAGACAAGCGCACUGAGGUCAGCAUAAAUAGACAGGUAGUGAAUGCAAAGACAAUGGAGCAGGUGAGAUGAUUGCUAAUGACAAGGACCUACAGGUGUGACAAUUAAGGAGUGGGAGGCAAAAUUAGACUAGACAAAAGGAGAAGAACUAAGGAGGAGCUAAAUGAGGAUAACAUAAUCUAAAUGCAAUGGGAAUAAGUGAAUUUCAAACAAUAGAAACUAAACUGGGCACAAAGAACAACAGGAGCAGAGAGCAACGGCAGGAACACAUGGAUGUAGGGCUAAUCUAGAAAAAAUGAUAACUAUACGGUAAAAGGUAAAAGACACAAAAGGAAGCUAAGCAAACGGGGAUCUGUCAACACAAAAGCUACACAAAAAUAAGCAAGGGAAAACUAAUGAGAAAUAAAAACGAAAAAUAAAACUGAGAGAUUGGGGACUGGGACUGGCUGGGCAGAUACAGUAACUGGGAGGUGAGUGUGAACAGGGAGGGACACGAAUCACAGGGUCACCUGGGAGAGGGGAGAAAGCAUACAAGGGUCUCCCUUUGGUUGGCAGGCCCAUCAUUUGAGCUGGCUUAAUACUCACUGGAGGGUUGCACACUGACUCAAGCCAAAGUCUCAGAAAUGAUGGAUGCUGUCUACAAAAAGCUAACUGUUGAGGAUUGAUGCAUCUAUUUUUUUAACAAAUGAACUGAUAACAGAACGCACAGACUAGUGUUAACCUUUACCAAGGGUUAACAGGUAUUUAAGAAAGUUAGAGCAUAAUCACAAACUAACCAUAAGGAUUACAUGCAAGUAAAAUCAUUACUCAACUUUAAUGUUUCUUGUUAGCAGACUUCCAAAUGUACAUAAUUGUACUGUAUUCAUUUUCCAAGUCUAAGGCCUUGGGCCUCAAGCAGGGUUCAAGUUGGUGUCCCAAGUGAUGUCAUAAUAGAGCAAGAGAUAGACCUGCGGAUGGGAGACUCGUGUGGAAUAAUGAGCACAUUGUUCCUUUUUGUUCGAACAAAGCACCUAAAGACCUAAAAAAGCAAGAUCCCAGUUGAAAUGAGCUUCCUCUGUAUGAUGGCAGGUCUCAGCCUUAGAGAUCAGGUAAGGAGCUCUGUCAUCAGGGGUAGACUCAGAAUAGAGCUGCUGUUCCUGCUCAUCAAAAUGAGUCAGAUGAGACGGCAUCUUAUUCAAGUGGCCUCCUGGUUCCAGUGGUUUUCCAGGCUCGUCUCACAUUGGGAAGAGAGCUCGGUGCAGAUCCAGAACUGAUUGGAGGGAUUAUUAUGUAUAUCCUGGGAUCCCCUAGGAGGAUCUGGAUAUGCCUGGACUUCCCUCCAGGUUAUUUUGUGUUUGUAAGUAGGAAAUUAAAGAUAACACUUUACAAUAAGGGUCCUGUUAAUAACUUCAUUUAGUGGAUUAUUAAGCUUUAAUAAACUAUUUAAUGAAGUACAACAACUGCUUAACAAUAUUAUGUUAUCCAUUAUUAAGCAGACACCCCUCGGCCCUUUGUUCUAACCUUAAGGACACUUAAUAUUUAACAAUACAGGGAAUGCUAAUAAAGGCCCCUUUUGUUUAUUAAUGCUUAAUAAUGCACUAAGUAACACUAAUAAAGGGUCCCUUACUGUAAAGUGUUCCCAAAUCCUCCUCCAAAUCUAGUUGUUUAAUCGGGAACGUUUCUGCAAAAAUCCCUGUAACUAGCCACGGCACGGAAACAAAAACAAAGAAUUUAGAACUAAUUUUUAUUACAUUCAUACAUUUCAACAACAAUAACAGGACUUGACUGUUAUAUUUUUCACAGCCAGCAAUCACAAUGGUAAACAUGAGGUAGAUUAACCAGGGCACCAAGGCUACCAGUGAGCUGCACAAACACAUGAAACACCUAUUAGUGAAGAUUGUGAGAGCAAGUUGCAUAUUAAGAAUUUGAUUUAAAGAAAGAAAAAACACAUUCGAUGGACCAAUAGAGAAUGAUACCUGUCUUACAUUUGGACCAAUUUGUUUCACUUAUAAUAAUCCACUUGAAUAGUGCAAGUUUAUAUUUCCUACCCCCAAGGACAUUCAAUCAUCCGGUUGGAUUCCUGUGCAAACACUAACGUGGGUAUCACACUUCAAAAGGAUUAUUUUUCUAAAAUGCUUGUCAAAUAAAUUAAAAAAUCCUAUAUGGACCUUUUUUUUUU